UCCGCCCCCCCUCCGCAUCCUUGCCCAGACUGCCCUCCCUCCUUCCUUUUGCAGUCAGCUGAGAAGCCAAACCGGAGUGCAGUUUUGUGCGGGGUUUUGAGCCGAGCAGCAGCAGGAAAAGGAGAAAAGGAGAAACCAGACGUGGGGAUUCCUCCCCACACAAAUACUUCAAGAAGAACAAGAGAGGGACGUCAUGGCACCAGCUGGGCUUAAGGCUGUGGUGGGAGAAAAAAUUAUGGCUGAUGUGAUCAAAAAGGUGAAGAAGAAGGGGGAAUGGAAGGUGCUGGUGGUGGAUCAGCUGAGUAUGCGUAUGCUUUCUUCCUGCUGCAAAAUGACUGAUAUCAUGACUGAGGGCAUAACAAUUGUGGAAGACAUCAACAAGCGCCGGGAGCCACUGCCCAGCCUGGAGGCUGUGUAUCUCAUCACCCCAUCAGAGAAAUCUGUUGAGUCUCUCAUUGGUGAUUUCAAGGAACCGCCGAAUGCCAAGUAUCGAGCUGCCCACGUCUUCUUUACUGACUCUUGCCCCGAUUCCUUGUUUAAUGAGCUGGUCAAGUCCCGUGCUGCGAAAGUCAUCAAGACUCUGACAGAGAUCAACAUUGCUUUCCUGCCCUACGAGUCUCAAGUUUACUCCCUGGACUCUGCUGACUCUUUCCAGAGCUUCUACAGCCCUCACAAGGCCCAGAUGAAAAACCCGAUCUUGGAGCGCCUGGCAGAGCAGAUUGCCACCCUUUGUGCCACCCUGAAGGAAUACCCUGCUGUCCGAUACAGAGGGGAUUACAAAGACAAUGCCAUGUUGGCCCAGCUGAUCCAGGACAAACUUGAUGCUUACAAGGCCGAUGACCCUACCAUGGGUGAGGGUCCAGACAAAGCCCGCUCCCAGCUCGUCAUCCUGGACCGCGGCUUUGACCCCAGCUCUCCAGUGCUCCAUGAACUGACAUUCCAAGCCAUGAGCUAUGAUCUGCUUCCCAUUGAGAAUGACGUCUACAAGUAUGAGACAAGUGGCAUUGGGGAGGCCCGUGUCAAAGAGGUUCUGCUGGAUGAAGAUGAUGACCUCUGGGUCACCUUGCGCCAUAAACACAUUGCUGAAGUCUCCCAGGAGGUCACUCGCUCUCUGAAGGACUUCUCUUCCAGUAAAAGGAUGAAUACGGGUGAUAAGACAACCAUGAGGGAUCUCUCCCAGAUGCUGAAAAAGAUGCCCCAGUAUCAGAAGGAGCUGAGCAAGUACUCCACUCACCUUCACCUGGCCGAAGAUUGCAUGAAACACUACCAAGGCACCGUGGACAAGCUCUGCCGAGUUGAACAGGACCUGGCCAUGGGAACCGAUGCAGAGGGGGAGAAAAUAAAGGACCCAAUGAGGGCUAUUGUCCCCAUCCUGCUUGAUGCAAAUGUCAGCACUUACGACAAGAUCCGUAUCAUCCUGCUCUACAUCUUCCUGAAGAAUGGCAUCACUGAGGAAAACCUCAACAAGCUGAUUCAGCAUGCUCAGAUUCCACCUGAGGACAGUGAGAUCAUCACCAAUAUGGCCCACCUUGGAGUACCCAUCAUCACAGAUUCUACCUUACGCCGCAGAAGCAAGCCUGAGCGGAAGGAACGAAUCAGCGAGCAGACCUACCAGCUGUCUCGAUGGACCCCGGUGGUAAAGGAUAUUAUGGAGGAUGCCAUUGAGGACAAACUGGACACCAAACACUACCCUUACAUCUCCACCCGAUCCUCUGCUUCCUUCAGCACUACAGCGGUCAGUGCCCGCUAUGGACACUGGCACAAGAACAAGGCUCCUGGGGAGUACAGGAGUGGCCCCCGCCUCAUCAUUUUCAUCCUGGGGGGUGUGGGCCUGAAUGAGAUGCGCUGCGCUUAUGAGGUGACUCAAGCCAGUGGGAAGUGGGAGGUGCUAAUAGGUUCUACUCACAUUCUUACUCCCACCAAAUUUCUCAUGGAUCUGAGGCAUCCCGACUUCAGAGAUUCCACUAGGGUAUCUUUUGAGGAACAGGCUCCAACAAUGGAAUGAGAGCCAAAGAAAACAAUAAAAAGCUCUACUCACGUCCUCACCCCACAGAAACUGCUGGACACUCUGAAGAAACUGAAUAAAACGGAUGAAGAAAUUAGCAGUUAAACAGACACACACACACACCAACACAGAGAUCCUUCCCUCUUUCUCUCCUCCCCCAUUUCCUGCCCUUCCCUCCUUGACACCAUCAUCAAAAAAGCAGUGACAUGGCAUUUGGGGCAUCCCAUUUCCUUCCAGCUCUGGGGUGAUCCUUGCCCCACUUAAAUUUGUUGACUGGUUCCAUUUCACCUUCUUCUUAUUCGUCUUGGUUUCCCCUUCCACCCUACAUUUGAAACGAAGGUAAAUAAGAGAAGGGUUUGGGGUGGGGAAAUUCCAUUGUCUUUAAGACAGAGAAAAGAAAAAAAGAAAGAUAAGAAAAAUAAUAUAUUCUAUAAUAUAGAUAUUAUCUCCAUAUGUGUCCUCCAAAAUAAACCACCAAAAACUAAACUUCCAUCAUUUCAUCCUUGGCGAUUAUAUGACGACGAUGCUGAUAAUAUUAUUAUUUUUUAAUGAUGAUGUCCUUUUAGUUCUGGUUUUAGUUUUCUGCCCGGAUGGACGAAUGCUUGUGACUUAUUUAUGGCUAUGUGAUCUUGUACCUAACCUCAGAUGCAAACUGUGAAAGGAAUGCUCUUCUUCCCCCCACUGUGUAUUGGGAUUUUUGCUUGCGUUUUGGAAAUAACUGUCAUUUGACCUUCCUUGUCCUCCCUCGACCCCCCUGCUGCUUCUACUGCUGUUGUUGUUGAGAUUGUCCAUUCGAUUUUCAUAUUUAUUUAGUUUAUCAGUGUGUAGGUGGUUGGUGCAUUUCUGGGUGUGGUCUUUUUAUUGCUUCACCCCUGACCUUUUCCAACUUUUUUGGAGCAUUAUUUUAAAUGGAGUGUUUGUGGUUUGCAAUUCCAGCAUGUCUGGAUCAAUCUUCCUUAUUAGAUCUUCUUUGUCCCACCCAGGAAUGAUGAUUUAUUUCAACACAAGCAUAUUUGGAGACCAACCCCUGGUUUUUAAUUGGUUUGAAACAUGUUGGCAAAUGUUAUUUUUUUUCUUUAGGAAGGAACUUUAUUUUAGCACUUUGGUGAUACCUUUAACGAGGCAGAGUUCGCUUGUGAAUUCUGUAAUAUUAUUUAUCACAUUCUUCCACCUGAGGGCCCAGGGCUGUCUCUCCAAUUUUAUCUCCACAACAACCCUGUGAGGAAGGGCUGUCUUACUCAUGGUGAGAAACCCAACACCACUCAAUAAGAUUGUGGUUGACUGGGGAUACGAACUCUAGCGCUUUAACCUCUAGACCACAGUAUGUCUCUGAUUUCACGGUUCAGUGAAUAGCAGGCAGGAUUUUCUGGUUCUGGGAUGCUUCCUCUUACCGGCUUCCAGAAGGCAGGCUCUGGUUGGGCAGGAUCUAUCGGGAUCUCCAGACUUUUCUGGCCCAUGAAAGCAUAAGGCAACAGCUAGCAAUGGUGUAUUCAUUCAAUAGACUUUGUUCUGGUUUGGGAGUCAAUUUCCUUUCAGUAGUUUGCUGAGAGCAAAGUUGUCUUGAAACCACAAUUCCCAUGAUUCUCUGGAGGCGGCCGCAGCUCAUGUAAAAUGAUAUGCUGUGUAGUAUAGUCAGCUUGUUUCCUUUGUCCUUCUAGCUUUGCCCCCUGUACUCUUGCAAGCACAUGUCUAGAGUCCCUGGAAUCUGCAUUCCUUAACGCAGACUCUAGAGAAGCUGACGUCAGUUUGAAAGAGAGUUCGCUGCUUGUGGGAUGUAAGCUACACAUCCUGUGCACCCCACUUUUGCUUCUAGCUUGGCAGAUUCACACAUUGCUGUGUGGGGCAGAGAAGCCUACUUUCUUUGCACCGCUCUUUUAAUCAUCUUUUAUCUGUCUCCAACCCUGCUGUCCUGCCCACAAAGCAGAAAUCUGCAUUGUGCUGCAUUGAAUUGACAUUCCUGGACUACAACUUCCAUCACCAUGCUGGCUGGGGCUGAUGGGAGUUUGCAUCCAACAGCAGAUCUGCGGCCCCUGUAGUAAGCAAUGUUGGCACUUCCUUGCUUUGCCUACUAAGGAAGGAGGAGACUAUACAGCUUUCUCCUUUCAGUGACAGAUGACAGAUUGGCUGGGUGGUGUAGAUGUACACUGCAUGGUGUAGAUUGCAUGAUGCUGAACGUGUCAGCUGUUGUGAAUCAUUUAAUCCCUCCCAUUUGUGUGAUUUGAGGGAGCUCAAGUGGCUUCAAAACUGUCAGGAAAGGGAAAUAUUUUUUUGAGAGAAUGAUGAAGGAUCACUGCCCCGGGCAAAGACAAAGUGACCAGGAUCUUUGCUGUGAAAACAAGAGGCUGUAUCCAAUGUUAGUCCUACACAGAGUACCCAGAGUAGACCCAUUAAACCUGGUGGCAUGACCAACCUAGGUACAUUCCUUUUAAUGGAUCUCCUCUGUGUGGGACUUAGAUGCUUCCCACAGACAUCAUUUCUGGCCCCACAGCACUGCCUUGUGGUCAUUCUCCAACAAAGAAUAUACCAUUGAGCUUUAAAUGGGCUUAAAAGCUUCCUCAGCUCUAGGCUGGAUUGUACCCAAUUUCUUCCUGGCUUGUUUAGGAGCAAAAAUAAAAAAUAAACACAUGACAUAUUUCAGGAUUGAACUGAAAAUAGCAAAAUGGAUUUGGGAAAUGACAUUAUCAACCAGGCAGCCACAGUUUAAGUGCUUCUAUGUCUAUUGAGCUAAUAUGGGAUUCGAGUGAGCAACAUUACUAUCCUAUUUAACAUAGUGACUCAAGAUAGUGUGGACUACAAUGACCAUCACCCCACAGUGGUUGUGGGGAGCUGAUUGGAACUGUAGCCCACAAUAUACAGUCUACAACUCCCGUCUUCCUGUGUUGUUGGGAAAUGUAGUCCGCACACUCUGUGUGUGGGGCGUCAUGUUGACUAAAGCUCAAGCUUUUUUUCAGCUGGAGUGUCUCGUUUCUCCUGCCGUCAACAAUGGCAUUUCUCGUCAUCAAAUUUUGCCCUGCACCCUUUGGAUUCCUUCCCCCUUUCUGUCUCUCAUCAUCCAGUAGUGAAACAUUGCUGGCUGUGGCAAGCGCCAAAAAUCCCCAGUUGUUCUGCAUUUAUAGAUCCCUUUGCCGGUCCUUCUGCUCCCCCUGCAGACUGUAUGUAUAUGAAUUAAAUAAUUGUGUAUUGUGGUCGUCCUAACAAGCUUGAAGUAAAGUGGUUUACCGAGUC